AUGAAGGGUAAGAAGAGGGAGAAGCGGGAGUUGAAGGAGGCAAAGCAAGUCAUAGUGGAGACGAAGAUUAAAGAUGUGAAAGCGGAGAAGAAAGGAGCGGCGGAGGGGGAGAAGGGGAAGGGGAAGGGGAAGGGGAAGGGGAAGGGGAAGGGGAAGGGGAAGGGGAAGGGGAAGGGGAAAGAGGGAGAGAAGGCUGGCAAGAAGGGAAAGAAGGGCAAAAAGGAGGAGAGCAGUGAUGAGAAGAUGGAAGUAGCGAGUGAGGAAGAGAGUGAGGAGGAGGAGAGUGAGGAGGAGAGUGAGGAGGAGGAGAGUGAGGAGGAGAGUGAGGAGGAGGAGAGUGAGGAGGAGGAGGAGGAAGAGAAGAAAGUGAAGGAGGAGAGUAGUGCGGAGGAGGAGAGCAGUGAUGAGGAAGAGGAGGAGGAGAGUGAUGAGGAGGAGGAGGAAGAAAAGAAAGUGAAGGAGGAGAGUAGUGAGGAGGAGGAGAGUAGUGAUGAGGAAGAGGAGGAGAGUGAAGAAGAGGAGGACGAAAAGAAAGCUGUGAAAAAGGAGGAAAGUAGUGAGGAGGAGAGUAGCGAUGAGGAGAGUGAGGAGGAGGAAGAGAGUGAGGAGGAGGUAGAGAAGAAAGUUGUAAAGAAGAUAGCAGCAAAGGAGGAGAGCAGUGAGGAGGAGGAGAGUGAAGAGGAGGAGAGUAGUGAAGAGGAGGAGAGUGAGGAGGAGGUAGAGGAAGAGAAGAAGGUUGUGAAAAAGGAAGAGAGCAGUGAGGAGGAGGAGAGCAGUGAGGAGGAGGAGGAGGAGAGUGAGGAGGAGGAAGAGGAAAUUAAGAAUGAGGAGGAGAGUAUUGAUGAGGAGGAGAGUGAGGAGGAGGAGGAGGAGGAGGAAGUUAAGAAGGUUGUGAAGAAGGAGAGCAGUGAGGAGGAGGAAGAGAGUAGUGAUGAGGAGGAGGAGAGUGAGGAGGAGGAAGAGGAAGUGAAGAGGGUUGUGAAAAAGAAAGAGAGCAGUGAGGAGGAGAGUAGUGAGGAGGAGGAGGAGGAGGAGGAGGAGGAGGAGGAGGAGGAGGAGGAGGAGGAGGAGGAGGAGGAGGAGGAGGAGGAGGAGGAGGAGGAGGAGGAGGAGAGUGAGGAGGAAAAGAAAGUUGUGAAAAAGGAGGAAAGCAGUGAAGAGGAGAGUAGUGACGAGGAGGAGAGCGAGGACGAAGAGAGUGAGGAGGAGAGUGAGGAGGAGAGUGAGGAGGAGGAGGAGGAGAAACCGAAGAAGUCAAAUGUGAAGGAGAUUAAGAAAGAAAGAGGGGGUCGGCAGCAGAAGCAGAAGGAGCAGGAGCAGCAGAAACAGCAGGAGGAGCAGCAGCAGAAUGGAUGGCAGAUGACACCUGCCAGGCUCGCGGGCAACAAGAGGAGCUUUGACGCCAUCUCCCCGGGGAUCAGGGAGCAAGCUGGGCAGCGCUGCAAGAGCGUUCCAGAGAGUGAAGGUGUAGGAGGUGCAACUCAAAGAUCCCCGCCUCAUGGAUGGAUAACUCGUACUGGGCCAAGAGCGGGGCGGGAAGUGGAUGGGAUGCCAUGGCCCAGGAGGUGCUGGGUCAAGUCAGGGGCAGGUGAGAGAUCCGAGACAUUGGGGGGGGGGGAACAGGUGAGAACAAGCAGAGCGGGGCGGGAAGUGGAUGGGCCGCCAAGGCCCAGGAGGUGCUGGGUCAAGUCAGGGGCAGGUGAGAACAGCAGAGACAUGGCAGUGGCGGGUGAGAACAACAGAGACAUGGCAGGGGCGGGUGAGAACAACAGAGACAUGGCAGUGGCGGGUGAGAACAACAGAGACAUGGCAGUGGCGGGUGAGAACAACAGAGACAUGGCAGUGGCGGGUGAGAACAACAGAGACAUGGCAGUGGCGGGUGAGAACAACAGAGACAUGGCAGUGGCGGGUGAGAACAACAGAGACAUGGCAGUGGCGGGUGAGAACAACAGAGACAUGGCAGGGGCGGGUGAGAACAACAGAGACAUGGCAGGGGCAAGUGAGAACAACAGAGACAUGGCAGGGGCAAGUGAUAACAUCAUAAUGGGGUUCCGGCAUGAGAAGACAAAGAAGAAGAGGGGCAGCUACAGGGGCGGCAUCAUCGACCAGGAGAGCCACUCCAUCAAGUUUGCCGAUUCCGACGACGAGUAA